AUGGCCAGUGCCAAUGAGACUGAAGAGGCCCACGGCUCGGUGCCCCACGCAGCCUCCACCUACGCCAAGCUGCUCCUCCUGGGCCUCAUCAUCUGCGUGAGCCUGGCGGGGAACCUCUCCCUCUCGCUGCUGGUCUUGAAGGAACGGGGCCUCCACAAGGCCCCCUACUACUUCCUCCUGGACCUGUGCCUGGCCGACGUGAUCCGCUCGGCCGUCUGCUUCCCCUUCGUCCUCGUCUCCAUCCGCCACGGCUCGGCCUGGACCUACAGCGUGCUGAGCUGCAAGAUUGUGGCCUUCAUGGCGGUCCUCUUCUGCUUCCACGCGGCCUUCCUCCUCUUCUGCAUCAGCGUCACCCGCUACAUGGCCGUGGCCCACCACCGCUUCUACGCCAAACGCAUGACCUUCUGGACGUGCGUCGCCGUCAUCUGCAUGGUGUGGACUCUGUCGGUGGCCAUGGCCUUCCCGCCGGUCUUCGACGUCGGGACCUACAAGUUCAUCCGGGAGGAGGACCAGUGCAUCUUCGAGCACCGCUACUUCAAGGCCAACGACACCCUGGGCUUCAUGCUCAUGCUGGCGGUGCUGAUCUUCGCCACCCACGUGGUCUACAUCAAACUGCUCCUCUUCGAGUACCGCCACCGCAAGAUGAAGCCCAUCCAGAUGGUUCCGGCCAUCAGCCAAAACUGGACGUUCCAUGGGCCCGGCGCCACGGGGCAAGCCGCGGCCAACUGGAUUGCGGGCUUCGGCCGUGGCCCCAUGCCUCCCACCUUGCUGGGCAUCCGGCAGAACGCCCACGCGGCCAAUCGGCGCCUGCUGGGCAUGGAAGAGUUCAAGGCGGAGAAGCGGCUGGGCAGGAUGUUCUAUGUCAUCACGUUGCUCUUCUUGGUCCUGUGGUCACCGUACAUCGUGGCCUGCUACUGGAGGGUGUUCGUCAAAGCCUGCAGCAUCCCCCACCGCUACCUCUCCACAGCCGUUUGGAUGAGCUUCGCCCAAGCCGCUGUCAACCCCAUAGUUUGCUUUCUACUCAAUAAGGACCUCAAGAAGAGCUUGGUGGCCCACAUCCCUUGCUGGAGGACAGAGCCGGAACUGCCCAGGGAGCCUUACUGCGUCAUGUGAGGAGUGCGGUGGGUCGGCUGGGAGGUGCCCCCCCUCCACCCCGUGCCAAACUGAGUUCGGGUUCUGUUUUGAAUCUUGCUUUCUUUGUUUGUUCUUUUUUUAUACAUCACACGAGAUGCCAAUCGAUGGGUCGUUUCUGCUCCCCUACCCCUAA